AUGAUUUCGAGAUUCGUCCAGAGAAUUCGGAGACCAAUCGCCGAAACCACGUCUCUGGAUUCAAUCAGAGGUUUUAGCUCGACAAACACUAAACCCACAAUCCGAGUAGGCGUUUUCUGGGAUCUAGACAACAAACCGCCGGCCUCUUUCCCUCCGUACGAUGCGGCCGUCAAGCUCCGAGCCGCCGCGUCGUCUUUCGGCUUCGUGAAACUGAUGGCGGCGUACGCGAACCACCACGCCUUCAGCCACGUCCCCGUACAAGUCCGAGAGCAGAGGAAAGAGAGGAAAUUGCUCAACCAAUUGGAGAACAAGGGUUUAGUGAAACCGCCGGAGCCUUACUUCUGCGGCGUCUGCGACCGGAGAUUCUACGCGAACGAGAAGCUGAUCAACCAUUUCCGGCAGAUCCACGAGACGGAGAAUCAGAAACGCGUGAGGCAGAUCGAGUCCGCGAGAGGGCAUCAAAGGGUGAGGCUUGUGGCCAAGUACUCGAUGAAGAUUGACAAGUACAAGAGAGCAGCGAGGAACCUUUUGACUCCUAAAGAAGGUUACGGUUUAGCGGAGGAGCUGAAGCGAGCUGGGUUUUGGGUGAGGUUGGUGAGUGAUAAGCCUGAAGCUGCAGAUAGAGCUUUGAAGGAGCAUAUGGUGGAAGUGAUGGAUAAGAGAGAAGUUGAGUGUGUGGUUCUUGUUUCUGAUGAUUCCGGCUUUGCAGAGGUUUUGUGGGAAGCGAAGGAGAGGUGUUUGAGGACUGUUGUGAUUGGGGAUUUGAACGAAGGAGCGUUGAAGAGAGUAGCUGAUGUUGCGUAUUCAUGGAAGGAAGUUGCGAUGGGGAAGGCGAAGAAGGAAGUUGAGAAAGUUGUGGGCAAGUGGAAAGAUAGAGAUGUGUUGAAGAAGUUGGAAUGGAGUUAUGAUCCUUCGUUGGAGAAAGAGAGAGGCUCUUGUGGCGUCUCUGAUUGGGAUUACGAGUUUGAUCAUGAUAAGAUUGAGAAUGGAGAUGGUGGUGAUUGGUGGGAGAUGGAUAAUAAUGAAGAUGAUGCUGGACCUUCAAGAUCUUGCCAAUAA